AUGGCGCAGCCACAUACUGAUCACACCAAGAUACAGAACCACCAUGACAACCAUGCGGACUCCCAUCUAUCCCAUCUGCCCGAAACAACCUCCCAAAGACAGCAGGCAUCCACCGCAAAACAAUCCCUCGAAAACGACGACCACCUGCCCGAACACCUCCCCGAGAAGCUCGCCCACCAGCACGAUGACGCCCUCCUCCAAGAACCAGAGGAAACAGUCCUCUACCUCGCCUACGGCUCAAACCUCAACUCCAAGACCUUCCUCGGCCGACGAGGCAUCAAGCCGCUCUCCCAGAUCAACGUCAUAGUCCCGGAGUUGCGGCUGACCUUCGACAUGCCGGGCCUCCCAUACCUCGAGCCCUGCUUCGCAGCGACGCUAUUCCGCGACCCGUCCCACAAACACGAAUCCAGCGCCGAAGACUCCCCCCUCAUUGCCCACGACGAUGACGACGACGCCUACAACCCAAAUAAGCCCCUCGUCGGCGUCGCCUACGAAGUCACCCUCACCGACUACGCCCGCAUCAUCGCCACAGAGGGCGGCGGCAGCGGCUACAAAGACGUCGUCGUCGACUGCCACCCCUUCGCGGAGCCAUACAGCCCCAACGACCCCAUCCCGACCAUCCCCACCACUCCGUCCUUCAAAGCGCACACCCUCCUCUCCCCCUCCAACAGCACCACGGCCUCGCGCGCGAAAUCCCCCGCGCGAUCUCGUCCCAUUUCCCGCCCCGAACUGGGCUACGCACAGCCGUCGGCGCGCUAUCUGGGCCUAAUCGUCAACGGCGCCGCGGAACACGAUCUCCCCACUUCAUACAGACGCUAUCUUGCGGGACUGCCGCCGUACCGCGCGACCACGCUCCGCCAGAAGAUCGGCAGGGUGGUCUUCACAGCAGUCUGGGCCCCGCUGUUCCUGCCGAUGCUGUUUCUGAAACAGGUCUUUGCUGGGCCUGAUGGGCGCAGUCCGGCGUGGCUGGUUUGUUACGAGCGGCUGGUGUUGCCGUCCAUGUGGUGGUCUUAUGAUCAUGUGUUUUUUAGGAUCUUUGGGGAUGGGGAACGGUCGGUUGAGAAGGUGGAUUGA